AUGGCCAAUUUCUUGGAAUAUGGUGCUAUUGACAAGGCUCCCGAGGAGAGAAAGCGUGGUAUCACUAUCUCUUCUGCGCAUAUUGAAUACCAAACCGACAACCGGCACUACGCCCAUGUUGACUGUCCCGGCCACGCUGAUUAUAUCAAGAACAUGAUUACUGGUGCGGCAAGCAUGGACGGCGCCGUUGUCGUUGUCGCUGCUUCAGACGGACAGAUGCCCCAAACCCGUGAGCACCUUCUUCUUGCCCGCCAGAUUGGUAUCCAGAAAAUUGUCGUCUUUGUCAACAAGGUCGAUGCUAUUGAAGAUAAGGAGAUGUUGGAACUCGUGGAGUUAGAAAUGCGUGAGCUCUUGAGUAGCUAUGGCUUUGAGGGAGAGGAAACUCCCAUUAUCUUCGGCUCUGCCCUUUGUGCCCUUGAAGGCAGACAACCUGAAAUCGGUGCCAGCAAGAUUGAUGCACUCUUGGAAGCGGUUGAUACAUGGAUUCCAACCCCACAGCGUGACACCGACAAACCCUUCCUCAUGUCAGUUGAAGAAGUUUUCUCUAUUUCUGGCCGAGGAACCGUGGUAUCUGGCCGUGUUGAGCGGGGUAUAUUAAAGAAGGAUUCUGAAGUUGAAAUUGUCGGUGGUAAAGCCGAGCCAACCAAAACCAAAGUCACCGACAUUGAAACGUUUAAAAAGUCAUGCGACGAAUCCCGUGCUGGUGAUAACUCUGGUCUUCUUCUCCGAGGUGUCAAGCGUGAAGACAUCAAUCGUGGCAUGGUCGUUGCUGUUCCAGGAUCCGUCAAAGCACAUACUGAAUUUAUGGUUUCCCUAUACGUUCUCACCGAAGCCGAAGGAGGUCGUAAAUAUGGUUUUACCAGCAAGUAUCGUCCACAAAUGUUCAUCCGCACAGCUGACGAAGCUGCGCAACUCAGCUGGCCAGGAGAAGAUCAAGAGAAGAUGGCCAUGCCUGGAGACAAUGUUGAGAUGAUUUGCACAACUUUACACCCUGUAGCUGCAGAGGCUGGCCAGCGAUUCAACAUCCGCGAGGGUGGACGAACAGUGGCCACUGGUCUUGUGACCCGUGUUAUAAAAUAG